UGUCGACCAAUAGACUCUGCUUUCUUAUCCAUUGCUCCGACAAACCAUGGCCUUCGCGGUCUCCACCACCGUGGCCGCCGGAGUCCGUGCCGGAGCUGCUCCUCGGACCUUCACCACUGCCGCCACUACCCUCAACGUUCUCUCCGGAAGCAGCCAAAGGGUCCGAUUUUCUCCCACACUCUUCCCCGUUCCACCACCGGCGGCCAGUCGUCUCGUCCUCGCCCGUGCGCAGCCACCGCGCCCGACGUGGCUCCCCGGCCUUGAUCCGCCUCCCCAUCUCGAUGGCACGCUCGCCGGAGACUUCGGCUUCGACCCGCUGGGCCUCGGCGUGGAACCCGAUAGCCUGCGAUGGUACGUCCAGGCCGAGCUCGUGCACUGUCGCUUCGCCAUGGCCGGUGUCGCCGGCAUUCUUUUCACAGACCUAUUGCGCGUAACCGGAAUCAGUAACAUUCCCGUCUGGUUUGAAGCUGGUGCUGUUAAAUUCGACUUCGCUAGUACUCCUGCUCUUUUCAUUGUCCAACUCCUACUCAUGGGAUUUGUGGAGACCAAAAGGUACAUGGAUUUCAUUGCACCAGGAUCCCAAACUAAAGAAGGCACCUUCUUGGGGAUAGAAGCUGCAUUACAAGGUCUACAACCCGGAUAUCCAGGAGGGCCACUGUUUGAUCCUCUUGGUCUGGCCAAAGAUAUCGAGAACAAAAGCGAAUUGAAGCUGAAAGAAAUCAAGAAUGGGAGGCUAGCGAUGGUUGCAAUGCUUGGCUUUUUCGUGCAAGCAAACGUCACUCAUGCGGGACCGAUCGACAACCUUAUUGUUCACCUCUCGGAUCCCUUCAAGAACACCAUCAUUCAAACCCUUUCCUUAUCUUCUUCCUGAAAUCAAUGGGGGGUUUUUUUUUGGGUGAUGUUUUCUUCUGCGCGAAAUAUGCUAAUUCAAGGGUAGUCAAGUUCCUUGUCUACAUGGAACAUCUUCUUGCUACUAUGUGAACUACACUGGAUGAUGAUUUUUUUUUUUUCCUUUUUUUAUCUUUGCCAUAUUGAAUGCUAAACUAUUUCUUCAAUAUAUUUUUUUAAAAAAAAUUGGAUAAACUGAACCUUUCAUUUUA